AUGAAGUCGCCGGCUAAGAAGACGGGGGUGUGGUGGGACACGAACACGGACACGGGCACGUCCUGCUAUUUUCCGGAAGAGUAUGAUCCUUAUAAGGUCCGUCAGAGUAUAGAAUCGGCGUUCAAAGACCACCUUCCUCUCACCAUCACCGCCAUCGGCAACCUAAAACGCAUGCCUCACCCUCUCUGGGAACCCAUCUUAUCCUCCGGAAUCGUUACGAUACACUCCCACUUCGUUUCCACAACAAAAAUUAUGCAUGAUAUGUAUGACUGGGCGGAUAAUAAUCCAGCUCCGGCUGAAUUAAUUCUCAUAACCGAUCGAAUCAACCGCUUUGAAGUAUCUGGGUUUCUCCCCUCGUUAAGGGACAGAGGAUACACGAUCGUAACGAAGCCCUGGAAAAACAUAUUAUCAGCUGCUUGUAAUGAGACUACAAGCAAGAAGGAUAAGAAGAAGUGCAUUGACACUGCUUGGGUUUGCCACACUUGCAUUGAUUCUGGCGGCCUCACUUUUGCUGGCGAAAGCUAUGAAAGUUUGACCAGGCAUUUCGUGACUUCAGAACAUAUUUAUCAAGAGUUCAUGCGUUCGCCUGAUACCUUCAUUAAAAACAGAUACUUCAUUAGUGUGGAAGAUGCCAAGAAAUUAGACUUCUCUUCAACGGGGGUGUGGUGGGACAUCGACACCUGUCUUGUUCCCCAAGGGUUUGAUCCUCGCCAGGUCCGUCAGCGUCUAGAUUCGGCGUUUGUAAACCAUCUUCCUCUCACCAUCUCUGCCGUUGGCAACCUAGAACGCAUCCCUCCUGGCGUCUUGGGACCGAUAUUAUCCACUGGAAUCAUUAUGAAACACGGCCUAGAAGGUCCGGUGGACAUUUCGAAGGAUAUGGAGAGGUGGGCGCGGUAUCAUCCACCUCCAGCUACGAUAAUACUCAUAUCCGAUCAUGAACAAGUCUUUCUUACAAACAGGUUCCUCCUCAAGUUAAAGGACCUGGGAUACACGAUCAUUCGUGCAUAUGCAAAUCAUCCGCAAGUUUCACCCAAAUACGCUUCUCAAACAAUGCUCUGGGAUUACUUAUUGGCAGAUACUAAUCAGGAGACAACAAGCACGGAGAUUAUGGAGAAUGUUUGGGUUUGCAGCAUAUGCAUGAAACCUGGCCACACCUUUGCUGGCGAAAGCUAUAAAAGUUUGAAGAGGCAUUUCAAGAGUGUAGAACAUAAAAUACAAGUGGAGGCUAUUACCAUGGCGAAGAGCCAAUCAGAGGCAAGUCUCAAUACCUCAAUUUCAAUGAUUUCGAUGAGGAAAAGGUCUCUACCAUCACCUCAAACCUCCAUCUGCUUAUGGCGUGAAGAACAAGGCGAAGACUGCAUGGCCCGUGGGGUGCACUUUUCACUUAACUAUUAG